AAAAUUGAAACCACUGCUAUACACUUAUUAUCCUUCUUACGAACGAUAACUUCUAAUCGAUAAGUUAUCGUUCAAGAAAAAAUCCACAACAGAGGUUUAGAUCGUGUUUAAACAGCUAAAUAAAUUACAAAAAACCUGAGUAAAUUACGUUUCUAAUUAAAUUAAUACAUGCUAAAUCACGUUUCACAUGAUAAUGGCAUCUUCAGAAUCAAGCUAUCGUGCCCAUGAUAUGGAUGAGGAGUCCGAAAAUGUUAAUAAACGCCGGAAUAAGUGGGUAAAGGAAGUCGAGAACUUAUUUCUGCAUUUGUGGAGGGAGAGAUUGGAUAAGCUACGUGCUUGCAGAAAAAACAGCCAUAUUUUAAUGGAAAUCGCAGUAGAAAUGGAGUUGGAAGGUUAUAAGUUCUCCAUACUUGAAUUAAAGACAAAGAUGCACAACAUGACUGCCAAGUACCGAAAGGAGAAGAAACAAUUUAGAGCUACUGGGAUACCGUCAGACUGGGAGCCUUAUGAAGAGAUGGAAUCAUUAAUCACCGAGUUUGAAAGAGGGCGUAGCGAAGCAUUGGAUAGGGAAUCUCAUCAAAGCUCACAUUCGGAGAAAAAAUUUAAACAUAAUAGAGACGAGUCAACUCCUUAUCACGAAAACAAUUCCGAAAAUGUAAGUGAAGAGGAGGAAAAUUUUGAUGAACAUGCCAGCCAAGACGAUAAGGAUGUCGCACUUUCAAAAAUUCCAUUUAUUUCGGUUCGCGGAGAUUUAAAACCCAAUACAAAUAGGGUAGCCCAUAAAAAUAUUACUAAUGAGUGUAAGCUAAAACGUUCUCUUACCGAGAAUUACGAUGAAAUAGACUUAUUCUUCAUCAGUAUGUCUAAAACCGUAAGGAAACUUCCUAUUCACGCGCAAGUACAUCUUAAGAAGGAUAUUAGUAACUUAGUAUUUGAAGCUGAAUUAAAAAGCUUACCACACAAUAAUGUCAAUUCGCAAUGAUAAUUAGUUAUUAAUUAGCAUAAGUUUUUUUUUUAUUGAGCAUUAAAAUAAAAGGUUUUAUUUAUUUAAUACAUAUUAUAA